CUUACUAAAGGAACAUAAAGACUUGAUAAGUGAUUAUUUCACAUCAUUCUUUUCCUUGUGAGUUCAAUUUCAGGUGGUUCCUUUGUAUAACUUCCUUUUAAGACUGGGCUAAGCGACGAACAUCUUAAAAGUCAACCCACGUGACGUCUUCUUCUUCACAUAUGGCUCAUCCGUAGAGACUUUUUUUUUUCUUUGACAUCGUAGAGACUUUCAUCGCUAACUCUAAUUCUCAUGGCUUCUAAAUCUUCUUCCUCUUCCUCGUCUCGCACAUGGAGAUACCGCGUCUUCGCAAGCUUCCACGGACCUGACGUCCGCAAAACCUUCCUCACUCAUCUACGCAAGCAGUUCACCAACAACGGGAUUUCGAUGUUCGACGAUCAAGCGAUCGAGAGAGGCCACACCAUUGCUCCUUCUCUCGCACAAGCGAUCAGAGAAUCAAGGAUCUCUAUCGUUGUGUAGAACUAUGCUUCUUCCAGGUGGUGUUUGGAUGAGCUUUUGGGAAUUCUGAAAUGCAAGGAAGAGAUGGGGCAGAUAGUGAUGACCAUCUUCUAUGGAGUAGAUCCUUCUGAUGUUCGGAAACAAACCGGAGAUUUCGGGAAAGUCUUCAAGGAAACAUGCCGUCGCAAAACAGAGGAAGAGAGGCGAAGAUGGAGCCAAGCUUUGACCGAUGUGGGAAACAUUGCCGGGGAACACUUUCUCAACUGGGACAAGGAAUCGGAGAUGAUUGAAAAGAUUGCUAGAGAUGUCUCAAACAAACUUAAUGCUACCAUCUCUAGGGACUUUGAAGACAUGGUUGGUAUUGAAGCACACUUGGAUGAGAUGAACUCUUUGUUACAUUUAGAUGAUGAGGAUGGAGCUAUGUUUGUUGGAAUCUGUGGCCCUGCAGGCAUUGGCAAGACUACCAUUGCUAGGGCUUUACAUAGCCGACUCUCCAGCACUUUCCAGCAUACCUGUUUUAUGGAGAACCUUAGAGGAAGCUGUAACAGUGGUACUGACGAGUAUGGAUUGAAGUUGCGUUUACAAGAGCUACUUCUUUCCAAGAUUUUUAACCAAAAUGGUGUAAAACUAUUUCAUUUAGGUGCCAUAAAGGAAAGGUUAUGCGACCUAAAAGUUCUUAUCGUUCUUGAUGAUGUGGACGAUCUGCAGCAGCUUGAGGCUUUGGCUGACGAUACUAACUGGUUUGGUGAUGGAAGCAGGAUUAUCGUAACCACGGAAGAUCAAGAGAUUUUGGAGCAACAUGGUAUCAGCAAUACAUACCGUGUGGAUUUCCCAACUCAAGUAGAUGCUCGUCAGAUCUUUUGUAGAUUUGCUUUUAGACAGCUCUCUGCACCCCAUGGUUUUGAAAAACUUGUUGACAGAGUAAUAAAGCUUUGCAGCAACCUUCCUUUGGGUCUCCGUGUCAUGGGCUCGUCUUUACGCAGAAAGAAAGUAGACGACUGGGAAGGUAUACUGCAGAGACUAGAGAAUAGCUUUGAUCAAAAGAUUGAUGCAGUACUUAGAGUCGGAUAUAACAGUUUGCAUAAGGAUGACCAGUUCCUGUUUCUCCUCAUUGCAUGCUUCUUCAACUACAAAGACGAUGAUCACGUGAAAGCAAUGCUCGUUGAUAGUAACUUGGAUGUUAGACUCGGCUUGAAAAAUCUCGUGUAUAAAUCUCUCAUACAGAUAUCCGCAGAAGGAACCAUAGUAAUGCACAAGUUAUUACAACAAGUGGGUAGAGAAGCGGUUCAUUUGCAAGAUCCUAGGAAACGCCAAAUCCUAAUAGAUUCUCACCAGAUUUGUGAUGUCCUCGAAAAUGAUUCUGAUGGUACAAGUGUGAUGGGUAUAUCCUUUGAUACAUCCACAAUCCCAAACGGAGUGUAUAUAAGCGCGCAAGGGUUUAGACGAAUGCGUGAUCUUCGGUUUCUCAGCAUCUACGAGACAAGACGUGAUCCUAAUGUUAGAGUGCAUUUACCUGAGGACAUGAGUUUUCCACCUCUUCUAAGGUUAUUACACUGGGAGGUAUAUCCAGGAAAGUGUCUUCCUCAUACUCUUAGGCCCGAACAUCUUGUGGAACUCUGUUUUGUUAACAGCAUGCUCGAGCAGCUUUGGCAAGGAGUCCAGCCUCUUACAAAUCUCAAGAAGAUGGACUUGUCCGGGUCACUGAGUUUGAAGGAAGUCCCUGAUCUUUCAAAUGCUACAAGUCUCAAGAGAUUAAAUCUAACAGGUUGCUGGAGUUUGGUAGAGAUUCCUUCCUCUAUUGGAGACCUUCAUAAACUGGAGGAGCUGGAGAUGAAUUUAUGUGUAAGUGUACAGGUUUUUCCGACUCUACUCAACUUGGCAUCUCUUGAAUCACUCAGGAUGGUAGGAUGCUGGCAACUAAGCAAAAUUCCUGAUCUUCCAACCAACAUCAAAUCACUUGUAGUCGGGGAAACAAUGCUACAAGAGUUUCCUGAAUCAGUCAGGCUUUGGUCUCACCUUCAUAGUCUCAACAUAUAUGGCAGUGUCCUCACAGUGCCACUUUUGGAAACCACGUCGCAAGAAUUCUCCCUCGCUGCUGCUACGAUUGAGAGGAUUCCAGAUUGGAUCAAAGAUUUUAAUGGGCUAAGGUUUCUUUACAUAGCUGGCUGCACGAAACUUGGAUCACUGCCAGAGCUCCCUCCCUCGCUUAGAAAACUAAUAGUAGACAACUGUGAGUCACUAGAGACGGUCUGUUUUCCUUGCGACACUCCAACAACUGAUUAUCUCUACUUCCCCAACUGCUUCAUGUUGUGCCAAGAAGCAAAGAGAGUAAUCACACAGCAAUCAUUGAGAGCUUACUUCCCAGGAAAAGAGAUGCCUGCUGCAGAGUUCGAUGAUCAUCGAUCAUUUGGAAGUUCCUUGACCAUCAUCCGUCCGGCUAUCUGCAAGUUUAGGAUUUGCCUGGUGCUUUCUCCUGCACCGGAUAUGGAAGAAGCUUAUUUCAAAUUACUGUUUCGCAUACGUGCAAAAGGUUGUCCCAGUGAUGAUGACAUGCUUUCGUUAGAUCUCGCUAAAAUCCAAGGGGAGCAUCUUUUUAUAUUUCACAUUGAGUUUGUUGAACAUCACGAGGAGAUGGUGUUCAAAUUCAGCACUUCAUCCCACGAAGUCGACGUUACUGAAUGUGGUGUACAGGUCUUGACAGAUGAGACCAACCGAAGAAGCAAUGAAUCUUGUUCAGAACAAGUGUCUGAAGACGGGGAUGAUAUUCUCUCUGAUGAUGAUAAGAGCAAUGAGAUUUAUGAACCCAGAGUAAAGAUCUUUAAGGGUUAUACAAUGUUUCUUUCUUUAGUUUUUACGUUCCUUUUGAGUUUGAUUUCAAGUCUAAUUCUGUAUAGAUUCCUAAAGAAGCACUAAAACUUUAGUAUAUGAUAUUGUUUGUGUUGGACUUUCUAUCUAUCUACCCAUUCGAUAGUGGUCACCAGUAGUAAUUUCACCCGUUUAAAAUUUUGUUCAUCAUGGAUACAGUUGGAGGCUAGAUAGAUGGCGACUUUGCCAUUGUUGGGAGAAUGCUCUUGUUGUCUCGAGUUUCUUAUUGAUUGAAAAUCUAAUUCCCCUUGGUGAUAUGGAAUCUGGAAAAGUGUGUUAGAUCGUAAGUUGAUAAUGAAAGGAUCAAUCAAAUUAUCCAACUUGAAAAAUAACACAUUCUGUGUCUACUUUGCAUGGACUUUCUCAUGGAAACUCUUUAGGUGCAAAUAGUAAAAUAACUAUGGGUGAAUGUUCACUCUUUCAACUUGAUAUAAAAGAAAAACAUCAUUUCGGUUGGAGACAAAGUUCAUAACAUAAAAAGAAAAACAUGUGACGUUCAGGAUAAGUUUAUUAUAAAGUGCAUGCGUUGAAUGUAAAAAGCUCAUAACAUGAUAAUUCGGAGCUACGAGUAGAAAUGUCUUUAAAAAG